UUCAGAGUCUCCGGUGACAUUUGUUCUGUGUAUAAAGCCAACUGAGGUUGAGCUUUAGCAUUACUAUUACAUCUGUGGAUUCUCGUGUAAAUAUUUUAAAUAAACCUUGGCUCUUUAGACUCCCUGUUUCUGAAAAAGCAGUGUGUGUUUAAAAAAUGGAUGCAAUAUUCAGCUGCAGGCUGGAGGAUAUGGAAGAUUAUUACAGCUUGCUGGGAUGUGAUGAAUUAUCUACAGUCGAACAAAUUGUUGCAGAGUUUAAAGUUAGAGCUCUUGAAUGUCAUCCAGACAAGCAUCCCGGAACCCCUCAAGCUGUGGAGAAUUUUCAGAAGUUACAACAUGCAAAAGAGAUUCUUUCCAAUGAAGACAGCCGAGCCCGUUAUGACUACUGGCGAAGGAGCAAAAUUGCUAUUCCAUUCCAGAAGUGGGAAGCCCUGAGCAACUCAAUGAAAGCAUCAAUGCAUUGGGCUGUCAGAGAUAAAAAAGAGCCAAUGUUGGAUGCUCCUGAUUCAAAUCAUAAUGACAAGAUGGCUGAUAAUUUUUCACUGAAGACAGAAAUCAACAGGGAUGAUUUAUUCACUGAUGGAAAGGAAAUGGAGGAUUUUCAAAUCUUUGAUGGGAAACCGAUGUCACCAAAAAGCCCAGAUUCGCCAGAUCCAAAUUGCUGGCACUUGCGCUUCCGUUGGUCGGGUGACACUCCAUCUGAACUUCUGCGGAAGUUUAGAAAUUAUGAAAUAUGAAGCAGAACAUGAAAUAUGUAUGGAGGAUGAAACGUGUUGAAUGUGGUUUUCGCUGUUUCAAUAUUUGUGUAUAUGUUUAUUAUAGAGUGGCUGCUUGUAUGUGUGUAUACUUUAUGUUAGGGAUGUGCCUACUUUGUAAAUGUUUCAAAAGAGCUGCUUCAGAACGUAAGCAAGGAAACCAUGCAGCUGUCUGUCUUUUUUCAGGCGAACUAGAGAAAAGAUGUAGCUCUUUUAAAACUUGCAUUUAGAAUUGGAUCCUUAAAGCAGCAGCAGCAACAUUUUUCAAGCUCGGAUUUAUGCCUGAAUGGGGGGACAAAAACAAGCUGCUGUAAUGAAUAGCAGAGAGGUGCUGUGUUUAUGUAAAGUUUGAAGCAUCACUUCUGAACAAUUUUUGAAAUUUGUGUGGCUUCAGAAAUAUGUAUAACUUGUGCAGUUAUGUAUAGUAUUUUAAAUUUUGUAAUAUUAUUCUUAUAUAAAUUAUAGUGUAAAACGUUGUUUCUGAACUAAAUUCAUUCAUUGCAUGGAUAAUAUGUUUGUGUAUUUAGUCCUGUUUCCAAAACUGUAUCCUUAACAAAAUUUGUUUCCUAUAACUGUAGAACCAUUAAGAAAAUUAUCUGCAGUGACAGUCACCUUAACAUUCUUUAUUUCUAACUUCUAUUUCCAGCUAUAUUGCAUCCUAUGGAAAUGAAUUCACAGAUUUUAGCCCUUCAACUCUGUCAUUCCCAUUUCCUAAAAGCCUACUUAUAAUGUCUCCUUUUUUCCCCCUUGCUAUAUUCUGUUGCUUGCGAAACCUUCCAAAUUAUAUUGAUAAUACUAUCUCCAUAUCACUCUUCAAUGUCCACCUUUUCUAAGAAACAUUUUAUCUAAUUCUUUACAUCCUUCACCCCAGUAAAAAUUGUAUACUUGCUGUUCUUAAUAUUCAGGGUUGAAAUACACACCAUGUUAGAAUUACAUGUAUUUUUAC